GGCAGAGGGGAGGCUGAGGGCCGGGCCGAGAGCAGCAGCACCAUGGAGAGCGGCGCCGACGGGCGCCUGGACGCCGCCGCCUUCCUCGGGGCCUGGCGGCGCUUCGACGCCGACGACAAUGGUUUCAUAGAAGGGAAGGAGCUUGACGAUUUUUUUCAUCAUCUCCUGGAGAAACUGGGACCAGAAAGCACCAUUACAGAAGAAGAAGUUCAGAGGAUGAAGGAGCAAUUCAUGUCUGUCUACGAUGUCACCACAGACGGACGCUUGCAAAUCCAGGAGCUUGCAAAUAUGAUCUUGCCGGAUGAUGAGAACUUCUUACUGCUUUUCCGACGGGAAACUCCCUUGGACAAUAGCGUGGAAUUCAUGCGGAUCUGGCGCAGUUACGAUGCUGACAGCAGUGGAUUUAUUUCAGCUGGUGAACUCAAAGAUUUCUUGCGAGAUCUCUUUUUGCAGCAUAACAAGAUGGUUGCUGAAGUAAAGCUGGAAGAAUAUACUGAUACCAUGAUGAAAAUCUUUGACAAAAACAAAGAUGGACGACUGGACCUGAAUGACCUGGCAAGGAUUCUGGCGCUCCAGGAAAAUUUCCUUCUACAAUUUAAGAUGGAUGCUUGCAGCCAAGAAGAAAGGAGGCGAGAUUUUGAGAAGAUUUUUGCACACUACGACGUUAGUAAAACAGGAGCGCUUGAAGGCCCAGAAGUGGAUGGGUUUGUCAAAGACAUGAUGGAAUUGGUGAAGCCCAGCAUUAGCGGGGUGGACCUGGACAAGUUCCGCCAAAUCCUGCUCAACCACUGCGAUGUGAACAAGGAUGGGAAAAUUCAGAAAUCUGAACUAGCUUUGUGUCUCGGGCUGAAAAUUAACCCAUAGCUGGGAAAGUGCUUGUGAUUGUGUUUCCCUUGAAAUAUUUGCCUGCUGCUCCUCAUAGAAGUGUGCUCUGUGCUGCUCUGUGUGCUCUGUGGUGGGGAGCUGAGGCACCGUGCUGCCAGACUGGAGAGCGGGAUUUUCACGGGGGCCUCCUCACUCCACCAUCUCCUUUGUGAUGUUCACUUGCUGCUGCCUCUUGUGGGUCCCCGUUGCAAUGUCUCUGCCCACCAGCAGAUGAGCUGCUCAGAAGAGAGGUUGCUGUUCUUCUACCCUCAUGAAACGCUGCCCUGCUCAUUCUCCUAGGAUAGGAACAAGAUCUCCUUAAAAACCUCCCCUCAGUGCUCUCAGAGUGCAGCUACUAAAUGUUUCUGAUGGUCACUUUAUAUGUGUGAAAGCCAUUACUUUGGUGAACAUUGUGCUUUGUGCGUUUAAAAUACUGGAUAGAUGACAGUGUAUUUGUGUAGAAAUAAAAUGGCAAUUACAGAAAUUCAAUAACAUCAAAGUUUAUGUGUUAUGUACAGAAAGCCAUCUGCCACAGGCUGGCAGACUGUACAUAGUAGCCUUUUAUGUAGCAUGCAUCAAAUGGCAAGAAGUUUUGUGACCAUCACUUGUGGGGUUUAAAUCUGCAAUGAAAUAUGGUAGAUCCUUCCCAUGGGGAAACCACAUACAUCAUGUGUGGUUUGUGUAUCACCCUCACACAUGUCACCCUCAGGAUGAAUCCACAGAGUAAAAUCACUUCUGGAGGACACUUCUGACCCAAACUGAAAUAACCUACAAGGUUUCAAUAAGCUGGAAAACUGGAAGGACAGAAGCCUGAUGAGAGCAAAGCUCUUACACAUGCUUGGGUUUUUUUCAAAUCUGUUACAGUUGGUAGAUACUUGUAACCCUAAUUGAACUUAAAGCAUCCUAUCACUCAUGGACAAUGAGUGUAGUCCCAGAGCCUAAUGGCAACAGGAUCAUUUGUGCCACAUAUUUCCCUAUUCCAAAGGCUUUGUCUGAAUAUUCAGAAAGCGUCAUGCCUACACUAUCAUGCCCAUAUAAUUCUGUCUUCAAUUACCCAGAGAAAAUUGCAGAGGAGGGAUUGUUGGCAAAAAUUCCUCACAUUUCACAAUUUCUGUCUCCUCCAUAUGACAGACCCACACUUGACAUUACUAGGGUCUUUCUGGUUAUGUUUUCUGCACCAGGAAGCACAGUGAAACAUUCCUAUUAUACUCAGUUUUGUAAAAAUUAAUCAGAAAUUGCCUUCAGUCAACAUGAAUAGAGAUGUAAACACGGAUUACAUAAAGCUCUUAAGAACAUACUCAAUUUAUGUUCAUUUUCUAUUUUCAUUGAUGAUAAUCUCACAGACCAAACAAGUGCUAAAUGCUUGUUUAACCCAAGCACAGAGCUAGGCCUUUAAAUUCUGAAACUGCUUUUUAUCACCCUGGAAACAGCACAAAUCACAAUCACAAUAACAGAGCUUUACAAUGGUUCAAAAUAGCCAUAAACAAGGAAUCAGCCCUUACCAUUAACUCCUCAAGCCAGCAGGGGUGCAGUUUUACUCAUGGAUGCUCGCAUCCCUCCAAGGGAAGAGCUGUGGUCAGGAGUGCAGGACCACCAGCAGAGAAAUCCCCCAUACUGCUGUUAGUCAGACAUGCUUUAUCACCAUCUUUGAACAACUUGUAACAAAAAUUAUCAGGGUACAACUAUUGUUUUAUUGUACCUCUAAUAGGAUGUAGGAUGUGGCUGAUUAGCAUAAAGAGUUAUGCCUUUAAGUAUAUUCUUCUGUUUCUCUUCCUUCAGUCUUUGUAUCAUUCUAAUUGUUAUUAUUAUUUUCUUAAACUACAGGGGUUUUUUUUCUUUUGGACAUGGGAGACAUUUCUGUACUAUCCCCUUUGGUAUAUUUACAUAUGUAGAUAUAGGGUCUUUUUGCUCUUUGUAUUUCCCAGUGAUGGCAGGUCUAUUUUCUGUUUCCCCUCUGUUUAAUCCUACUCACAUCAGUAGAACUUUUUCUUAUUUAUUGAAGUAUAUAUAGAUUGAAGCAUAUCCUGUCCUGCCUCACCAAAAUGACAGCAACUCUCAACCUAAAGGGAAAAUUAUUUUUUAAAGACUUUAUACAACCACAGCUCUUAUUUCAAGAAUUAUAAAGCACUUCCUCUUUAUUGAAACCCUAUGCUUUUCACAUCCUCCACAGCCAAUAGUUUUUAUUUAAUGGACACUGAGCAGUAAUGAAUUAGAGAUGUCAUAUCACAAUAUCACUUCUUUUGUGCAAGUCUGAGAUUUAUUUUUUUAAAAUACUGAUUUUGAGAAAGACUUCACACAACUAGAUUUUAAUAAGCUUUUGGUAGCUUUUAAUAAGUGAGUGUAUAGCCUCCAGUAAGUGAGUUUAAAAGAGCAUUUUACAAAACAUUAGCGAGAAGGAAUUUGUAAUCAUGGAUUAAAAGGUUAUAUAUAGGACUCAGGGAAUAAGGCCUUAUGGUUUUUUUUAGUUAGUUAGUUUCCCAUUCCCACAAGAGUUUGGUUUUUUUUUUAUUGUGUCCUGGCCAGAAACCAGAGAGCCAGAAAACAGAUAAAAAUGCUGUCUUGUUUGCAGGGACCAUAAGGGAGAGCUGAAUCCCAGUGGGACUACAUCCUCAGUGAGCUGCAGAUCCCCUCUAAGCAAAACAAAAUGUCAGGUGCAAUGGGAUUUGAGCCCACAUUACAAAGGUCAGUGAAGCAAUCACUAGUAAGACAUCGUAUUAUAAACUUGUAGCCUCUGAAAGUCAACAUUAAGGCAGGAAACAGGCAUUUUGAGACUUCUUGCAGAGAAAACCUGUUCCUUGCAGAGCUUUUGUUUUUGUUUUUUUUUAAAUUAUUAUUUUCACUUCAAUAAAUAAUCUACCAAGUCUUUUGGUCUCAGGCUCUGGUAAUAUUAACCUUUUAGGUUCCUGCAGAUAUAAAGCUGGGCAAUGCAUCUGAUAAAGUAUAGUUGUUUUCCAUUUUGCAAAUUCAAAGGGCACUUCUACGUACUCCUGUGUACAAAACAUAAUAUUUCACAUUUGAAGGGUUACACAAAAAUACUUGUUUUGCAUUA